ACAGAAUUGCAGUGCAGCAAUUUUAAAUCUCUCGAAAGUUCUACCUUUAUCUACUAAUACAACAAUGUAAUCUUUACAAUUAUCUUCAUUUUUUAAAAAGUAAAUACUUGAUCGUAACGAUGAAAUUAAUCACGAAUGCAUUUGGAUUGUCAAAACACUUGAUAAGAUAUUCGAAGCCUGGGCCUCUGCUAGGAACAAUUUCAAACGUGCAAAAAAUGGCGACCGAAGUAGAAAAGGCUCAAACUGCUACGCCGGGCGGCGAUACAAUUUUUGGAAAAAUACUGCGCAAAGAGAUUCCAUGUAAAUUUAUUUACGAAGAUGAUCAAUGUGUAGCUUUCCACGAUGUCAGUCCACAAGCUCCAGUGCAUUUCCUAGUCAUUCCUCGAAAACCUAUUUCGCAACUAUCUCAAGUUGAAGAUGAGGAUGAACCAAUAUUGGGACACCUUAUGAAUGUUGCAAGAAAAGUUGCUAAGGAGCAAGGAUUGGAUGAAGGAUUCCGUUUAGUCAUUAAUAAUGGUAAACAUGGAGCACAAUCUGUAUAUCAUUUGCACUUACAUGUUAUUGGGGGAAAACAACUGGGUUGGCCACCUUAUGCUAAUUGAACUAGUAGGUUGUAAUAAAAUUGUUGGGGACUCAAUGAUAUUAUUUUAUAUUGAAUAGUGUCAAUAAA